GUGUUAGUAUGUUAGUUACUCACAUAUUUGCAUGUGAAAUCGAGUCGAAUGAGAAUAUUACUACUGUUGGCUACUAUCACGCAGUCAGUUGGCCUCUUAUCACAUUCUGCCCCCACAGAAAUGGAUGUUUCAGUAGUAUUGCUGAUAAUUUUGAGCAUAAGUGACUAUUAAUCAAUUUUGCCACUUUUCAAAUCAGUAGGGCAAAGAAAUCACACGUAUUCGUGGUUGAACGAUUUUUGCUGCAGUUUAGGACAAAAAUGUCCCGACAGAUGAUUAUUAUUUAUUGUGUAAUAGUGAUCAGCGAUUACGCAUUUUUGCAAACCACCAACUUCAUUGAAGAAUCCUCGACAGUGAAAUGUAGUGCACUUGAUCGAAGAAUAGAGCAUCUUGAGGCUACAUUCAUAGAACAAAAACUGGAAAUCAAAUCGCUUAUGGAACGAGUGAUGCAUAAUCAAGAUCAUCUUGUGAAUCAAUUGAAUCAAAUCUUGGUGCAUCUCAAAGAGACAACAACAACUAACUUACCGAGUCAAAAUCACCCUGAAUAUCGACCCCAAGGUGCUUUAUCGAACAGUGAACAAUCAAACACAAUUUCGUCAUGUGCGGAAGAACCCACAAAGGUAUCUGGAAAAUACUCGUUAAGUCUCUUUGCCAACGAACAACCUUUCGAAGGAUAUUGCGAGCAAGAGGCGUUCAAAGGUGGAUGGCUAGUUAUCCAACGGCGAUUCGAUGGUUCGAUUGACUUCAAUCGCAAUUGGACCGAGUAUAGGGAUGGCUUUGGUUCGAUUGAAGGGGAAUUUUGGAUCGGAUUGGAAAUUGUACAUCGGCUAACGAAACAUCGAAAUUGUAUGUUAUUGAUUGAACUUCAAGAUCUCAAUGGCAAGUACGUUUAUGCUCAGUAUGAUGGACUUGAGAUUGGCAGUGAGGAGGAAAAAUAUUCGUUGAAUAAGCUCGGGAAGUACAGUGGAACGGCCGGCGAUUCACUGUCAAGGCAUCACAAAGGUAUGAUGUUUUCAACGAAAGAUAAUGAUAACGACAAAGAUCCUCGGAAGAAUUGUGCGGUGUAUGUCACAGGUGCCUGGUGGUUUCGCAGCUGUCUCGACAGCAACCUGAAUGGACUAUACUUGGAUGAAAACAAAAGAAAAACUAUUACCUGGUACAACUACAAGAAAAAGCUAGGAGGUUUCAAGUCUACAAGGAUGAUGAUCCGAGAAAAAUAAAUAUUAUUAUAUGAUUAAAAUAAAUGGUUGACAAUCGUA